AUGGAAAAACUUAACUUUUCUGAGAUGAGCAAGUAUGGGGAAGGUAUGCUAUACUGGACUGAAGUUCAUUCCCGGGGGCUCCUGAAGAAAACAAAACGACGCAUCACGCAGGAAAUGGAGGAAUGGGAUGAGGAUGUUGAGGAGGGUGACAACCGUUCAGAGCCAGAGCUUGAGUGGGGGUUCAUGGCUGACAAAACUGAGUCCAAACCAGGUCUUUCGCUGAAAGAUGUGGAGGACAAGGACCUGGAAGCGGUUCACGUGGAAACCGAUGAUGUGAAAAAGGAGAUUCAAAGGUUGAACUACCCAGAGGUAGAGGGUGACCUAGCACCUAGUGCCAUAGUUCCUAAGGCCUGCCAAUCGAUACAAAAGCAAGUGUCGAAGCUAGAGAGUUUGCUCGGCAACUUCCUGGGUGGCAAAGAGCUUUCCAUGUUGCAGAACCGGAUGACUGCUAAGCUGAAGUCUGCUGUGGAAGAGCUGUCGAAGCUCGAUGAGAUUCUGAUUGACCAACAUGGUCAGGGAGUGCUGGAUGGCUUCGACUACAAGUCGAGAGCCCCGGCGCCCGAGAAGAAGGUGAAGGAAUCCAAGGAAUCGCGUGAGCCUAAGCUUCCAGGCAAAGCCAAGGCGAAGGCAAAGGCCACGGCUGAGAGCGCAGAAAGGUCGCUGAAGGCUUCGGCCGGUCAGCCCACCCAUGCGCUACAGGGUGACAUCUUUCACAUCCACAAGCUGGGGGCGGCCCGUGACGUCAUUGGUGGCGUGCUGAUCAUUUUACUACGUCUGGGCUUCAUGGACCAUGAAGGCUCUACCAAAAACAUGACUGACAGAUUUACCAGAGCGCACAGCUAUUUUGCAAUGUGGUGCAGUAGCAAUGGCAAGACACCUGGGCUUAGAAGCUUCAGCAAAGCCUAUUUCAACCUCAAAACCCUCGUCUCUGCUCCAUGGGUCAACGCGAAGGGCUCUGAUUCGACGUUAUUACUGGAGUGGCUUGACUUCACCUUGCGAUUGAAUUUGCAACACCCUUCUGUCGAGGGCCAUACACAGUUAUUGCGACACAUGCUGCAGCUUGUUGAGUCGAGCUUGGCUGUGAGAAUGGUCCAUACUCACCGCCUCUGGUUAGAAAGAGAUUGUGCAAGACGACUGUAUGUGAAGCUUAUGACUGUGCUCAGGGCCUACUCAGUCAUGGCCCAAAGUGCCAUGAGAUUGAAAAUACGUGCUUUUGUCUUAAAACCGAAGCACCACUCCCUGCACCACAUAGCAUGGUUUUUGAAGACAGAGCUGAGAAAAGGAGCGGCCCUAAUCUACAAUCCGCAGGGGUACGCAUGUGAGAUGAACGAGGAUUUUGUAGGCCGCAUCUCGCGGCUAUCAAGGCGAGUGGGAUUUCGUCUUUGUGACAAACGUGUUUUUGAAAGAGUGUUCUUGAAGGUCACGGCCUUAUUAAGAAGGAGGAAAGAGCUGAGACAAAGCCGCUCCCGCUCUUCCCGUGUGAAGGGGAAAUUUAGGAAGUGA